GCCUGCGCGCGCCUGCCCUGAUCACCCCCUUCCUCGCGGGCGAGCCGGAUAGGGAGGAGGCGGGCGAGCCGGAUACGGAGGAGGCUGGAGGAUGUUGGCAGGGCCACGAUACGGGCAAGGCAGGAGAGGAAGAUGCGCAACUCGUGGGCGGCGCGGAGUGCUCGGAGACGGCAUGGGAGGACCUGAGUGCCUUCAUCUGCGAUGUGCGUGUUUGCGGUUCAAUCGGAGGAAUUGUCCGGUUCGAGAAGGAUUGCUGACAAAUGUACAGGAUGCACUCCCCGUCCUCAUCGACCGAUCUCCAGUACGCCUCAUCGCGCGGGACGCCGGUGGUGAGGCCGCGCUCGAUGCUGCCUGGGAUCGAAUACGACGCUACGAGUCGUCAGACAAUAGUGACCUCGAUUCCUCGCUAGGCGACGAUGACGACGGCUACAGCCCGCUGGACGACAGCUACUCUGAUGACUUGCUGGAUGGCUCGCAAGACGCGAGCGGCCUCGGUAGCUCGCAGGGCGACGACUCUGGCUCAUUUGCUCUGGGAAGUUUGCCGGAUACCGAUAGGCUCACCUGCGCGUUUGAUCUAUGGCGACUUGGACUGGAUUCCGAUCGUCCGUCGGGCAUGCGCCUCGAGGAGGUUGCACAUGUGCUAGCUGAAGAACCGACCUCGUCAUGCACUGAUGGAUCGUCCUCGCCGAGCGAGAGUUCUAUCACCUUUGGCAGCUUGCCGGACACGGACGGGCUCUCGUGCCCGAGUGGGCUGUGGAGGCUUGCGUUGGGCGGAGGUGGAGGGGAGUAGGAGAAGGAGAAUGGGUUCGUUGUAUGUCGUCGUGAUCGAUAUCAUCUCUUCGUGCUGCUUCCCGCCGUCCCCGCCUGCGCUUGCCAUCUGCACCUCGCAUAUCAUGCACCAGUCCUGCCGCUCUUGCAUCUUACACAAAGCGUGUUUUCGCCGAUGCCCUUCCAUCGCUUGUUUGUUGG